AUGUGCAACACCAACGUGGAUGGCCGCCAGAAGGUGAUGUAUGCGCUGACCGCCAUCCGUGGCAUCGGACGGCGCAUCUCUAACAUCGUGUGCAAGAAGUGCGACAUUGACCUGAACAAGCGCGCUGGCGAGCUCACGACCGAUGAGGUGAACAAGAUCGUUGCAGUGGUUAGCAAGCCCUUGGAGUUCAAGAUCCCGGCGUGGAUGCUCAACCGCAACCGCGACGUCAAGGACGGCAAGACCUCCCAGAAGUAUGCCAACUUCUUGGACCAGGCUCUGCGUGAGGACAUCGAGCGCAUGAAGCGCGUGCGAUUGCACAGGGGUCUCCGCCACUACUGGGGCAUCCGCGUGCGCGGUCAGCACACGAAGACCACCGGCCGCCACCGCGCCUUCGCAUCCAUGGACGGCGGCAAGAAGAAGUGA